AUGAACGCGCAGCUGGCGAUGGAGAACAUCGGCGAUCUGCACGGGGUGAGCCAUGAGCCGGUGCCCGCCGCCGCCGACCUGAUGAGCGGCAGCCCCCACCACCGGAGCGCGGUGCCCCACCGCGGCAGCCACCUGCCGGCCCACCCGCGCUCCAUGGGCAUGGCGUCCAUCCUCGACGGCGGCGACUACCACCACCACCACCGGCCGCCCGAGCACGCGCUGACCGGCCCCCUGCACCCCACCAUGACCAUGGCCUGCGAGACACCCCCCGGCAUGAGCAUGAGCAGCACCUACACCACGUUAACCCCUCUGCAGCCUCUACCUCCCAUCUCGACGGUCUCGGACAAGUUCCCUCACCACCACCAUCACCAUCACCACCAUCACCAUCCCCACCAGCGGAUACCGGGCAACGUGAGCGGCAGCUUCACGCUCAUGCGGGACGAGAGGGGUCUGGCGUCUAUGAACAAUCUCUACACCCCCUACCACAAGGAUGUUACCGGCAUGGGGCAGAGCCUCUCUCCGUUGUCUGGAUCGGGCCUGGGGAGCAUCCACAACUCCCAGCAAGGGCUGCCCCACUACGCUCAUCCCAGUGCCACCAUGCCCGCCGAGAAAAUGCUCACCCCAAACGGAUUUGAAGCCCACCACCCUGCCAUGUUAGCCAGGCAUGGCGACCAACACCUCACCCCCACCUCCGCUGGCAUGGUGCCUAUCAACGGGAUCCCACACCACCCCCAUGCCCACCUGAAUGCCCAGAGCCACGGGCAGAUCCUGGGCUCUGCCAGGGAGCAAAACCCUUCUGUAACUGGUUCGCAGGUCAACAGUGGAAGUAAUUCAGGGCAAAUGGAAGAAAUCAAUACCAAAGAAGUAGCUCAGAGGAUCACCACCGAGCUCAAGCGGUACAGCAUCCCCCAGGCUAUCUUCGCCCAGAGGGUGCUGUGCCGCUCUCAAGGGACGCUCUCAGACCUGCUGAGGAACCCCAAGCCCUGGAGCAAGCUCAAAUCCGGCCGGGAGACCUUCCGCAGAAUGUGGAAGUGGCUCCAGGAGCCGGAGUUUCAGCGGAUGUCUGCUCUGCGGCUUGCAGCGUGCAAGAGGAAAGAACAGGAGCACGGCAAGGAUAGAGGGAACACGCCCAAAAAGCCUCGGCUGGUCUUCACUGACGUCCAGCGUCGAACUCUACAUGCAAUAUUCAAGGAAAAUAAGCGUCCGUCCAAAGAAUUACAAAUCACCAUUUCCCAGCAGCUCGGGUUGGAGCUGAGCACCGUCAGCAACUUUUUCAUGAAUGCACGGAGGAGGAGUCUGGAUAAGUGGCAAGACGAGGGCAGCUCCAAUUCAGGCAACUCAUCUUCUUCAUCAAGCACUUGUACCAAAGCAUGAAGGAAUAACCACGAACUGAAACCUCGGUGGAAAAGCUUUAAAAAAUAAAUAAAUAAAUAAAAUAAAGACAGACCAGGACCUCAAAAUAGCAGGUUUAUACUUAAAACUAUUUGAAAAAAAAUAUUUAUAAGUCCAAAGAAACCAAAGACUUAUUUCACCUGCAUUAUGACUUUGUUCUAAGACACACACUUUAGUAGGAUGACGACUUGCAAAAAAAACAGAGAGGAAGAAGGAAGCGAAAUGGAGGGAACGGAACGGAAAGCAAAGAGAAGAGGAACAGACCACUGGUCUCACACCUUUGCCCAUUAUCAUCUUCACCGUACUUGGCUGUUUAGUGGUUUGGAGCAUAGUGAUUUCCUGUCAUUGAGCAGACAUCUCUUUGGAUACAGCUCUUCACGGCCACAGCAGUUGCCAUGGAGGUGUCAGUGUGUCCGUCCUGCGUGCACCCAGUGGGUGGGGACUUA